UUGUAUCCAUGUACGAAAAGACGACUUUUCUCAACAAUCCAGAUGCACCAGCAGAGGAGCCAAAGAAGUUUGCUUUCGAUUACAGUUACUGGUCACAUGAUGGAUAUCGAACCACAGAAUCUGGACUAUUAGUUCCAGAUCCCCAGCAUCCGAACGGAGAUAAAUAUUGCGAUCAGUUGAGAGUAUAUAAUGAUCUCGGAAGAGGUGUGCUCAGUAAUGCUUGGGAAGGCUACAAUUCCACUCUGUUUGCUUAUGGUCAAACAAGUUCUGGAAAAUCAUGGUCGAUAGUAGGAUAUGGAGUCAAUAAAGGAAUCGUGCCAAUGUUUUGUGAAGAUUUAUUUACAGGAAUUGCUGACAGUAAAGCUGCUGGAGAAAGGAUAGAAUUCGAGGUUCGCUUCAGUAUGUUGGAAAUAUAUAAUGAGAUAGUAAGAGACCUUCUAAAUCUAACAUGUACGAAAAAACGAGGCCUGAAAGUACGGGAACAUCCAACAAAGGGCUUUUUUGCUGAAGGACUAAGCACAACUCUAGUCACCAGUUACAAAGAUAUAGAAACACAGUUAGAUCUAGGCACAACGAAUAGGAGUAUUGCUUCCACAAAUAUGAAUGCUACAAGCAGCCGUGCCCAUACAAUUGUAGGAAUUACAUUAGUCCAAAAAUCAAGAAACAUAAAAGGACAGGAAACAGCCAAGACUUCUGUUGUGAACCUUGUAGAUUUAGCUGGCAGCGAACGAGCCUCUGCAACUGGUGCAACAGGUGACAGAUUGAAAGAAAGUGCAGCGAUCAACCAAUCACUUUCUUGCCUUGGAAACUGUAUACAUUCGUUGGCCGAAAGGGCUACCGGACGUAAUAUCAGGGUUCCUUACCGUGAUUCAGUUCUAACUCGCCUUUUAAUGAAUGCUCUUGGAGGAAACAGCAAGACUGUAAUGAUAGCAUGUAUCAGCCCUGCUGAUAUUAAUCAUGAAGAAACGCUCUCUACUCUGCGGUAUGCUGAUCGAGCCAAACAAAUCAAAACCGUUGCUACCAUCAAUGAAGAUCCAACAGAAAUUCUCAUUCGGGAGCUGAGGGCAGAAAAUGAUAAACUUAAAAAGAUGUUAGAAAGAGGUGUGAUGAAUGUGCCUAUCAAACCUGGAAUGACAGAUGAUGAGGUCGUGAAACACAGAAGCAGGUGGGAAGAAGAAAUGAAAGCAGCCAUGGCUGAAAAUGAAAGAGAAUUACAACAAAUUAAACAGACAUACGAAGAGAAAUUACGAUUAGCCCGCCAAGCUCAAAAAGCGGAUGAAAACAGAGCGAAACUUGAAGAACUUAAAAAGCAGCAUCCUCAUCUUUCAAAUCUUAAUUUUGAUCCUCAACUGUCUGGAAAAAUUCUACACAUUUUAAAUAAGGGAGCAAAUACUAUUGGAAAAGAAGAUAACUCUGAUAUUAUACUCUUAGGGCCUAGCAUUCAAGAAAACCAUGCCAUCAUUCAUGUACAUGAUGAAGGGCAGAUCAUAAUUGAGAAAGGUUCUCCAGAAGCAAGGAUUCUGCUAAACGGUGAUCCAGUCACAAGCCAGUCGGUUUUGAAUCACAAUGACAGAAUUAUGUUUGGAACGACGCAACUGUAUAUAUAUCAAGACAGUGAAAAGGCAACGAGGGGCAGGAAAUAUCCAGAAAUCACUUACGAAAUGGCUCAAGAAGAAAUAGCUGGAAAAGCUGGAAUUAAUAUUACAGAUGAUAAUUCUAGAGAGAGUGCUUUAUUAAAUAAAGAUUUGCUGGAAGUUCUUCCGGGUGUGGAAGUUGCUAAUUCAAUCAGCGAAGAAUUAGACAAGAGAGUUAAAUUCGAAAUUAUGCUGGUCUCACCUCAAAUGAUUGGAAAAACAACAGGCCGCACAGAGGUCUAUGUAAAAAUGAAAAAUUUGGAUACGCGACAAGAAUAUGAAUGGCCGAAACAGAAAUUCCUUAACCGAUUGUACGUCAUGAAAGAAAUGUAUCAGAAUUACGAAGCAGAUGAAGAUUGGGAUUUGCCACCGGAAAGAGAUCCAUUUUUAGAAGAUCCGGACACAGAAGUUCGCAUUGGUACUGUUCAAGUUUAUCUCCAACCAAUCUCUUUUAUGGUGGAAUUGAAGGAGCAGCUGGAAGUUAUAAAUUAUAAAGGCAAUGAAGUUGGUAUAAUUAAUGUUGAAGUGGUUCCUUGUUCUGACGAUGGCAGAGAAUAUACGGAACAAGAUGACCAAUUUUUAGAAAGCCCAUCAGAGCUUCUUGGCAGAAAUCUCUAUUUUGUGGUCAAAAUCAAUGGCUGCAGAGGGAUACCAAGCAGGUUUACGGAUGUCAAUUGUAAAUACCGUAUCUUCUUAGAUGAAGUGGAUACAGUUACAGAAACAGUAUCAGAUACUUCUAAUCCCGAUUUCCAUCAUCGGAAAAUGUUCUCAUUUACUCCUGUUACUCGACAGCUUUUGUCGUACCUGAAGGAUGGCCACAUAGUCAUUCAAGUCUGGGGAAAACAAAAACCGCGUAAAUCAGCAAUUGCGAAAUCCAAAGGACAAAGUACAAAGCAAAUGAUUCAAGAGGAUCUCCUCAAUAGAACUUCAAGGCUGAUGAAUGGAUUUCGAAUGAAUGGGAGGAAUGUGGAUCCUAAUAAGCAAAGCAUGAUUGUAGAACUUUUACUGAUGAAGAAACAACAGCAAAGACAACAACAGCGACUGGAAAAUAUAGGACAUCUUGUUGACAUAGCUGAAAAGCAAAAGAUGAAAGAGUUACCUCUUCCAAUAGUAAAAGAAUUACUUCUUGCAUCUUCCAAUCAAGCAGCUGCAAAAGUAUUCAAUAAAAUUUUACCAAAAGAUUGAAAAUGACUCUUCAAAGCAAGUCAAUUUGGGACAUAGGUACAGCCGUAACUGACCAGAUAAAUGCAAUAUCAGCAUAUGAGUUCCAGCACUGCUAUGAAGACUGUAAAAAUUAU